AUGGCAUUCCAGCUCAUGGGAUUUUCUGAAGUUUGGUGGCAGCAGCUUAUGUCUGGUGUGAUGCUUUUACUAAUUCUUCUGGUGGCUUUUAUUGGCAAUCUCCUUAUUAUCAUGGUUUCCACCUUUGAUCAGCGUCUCCAUAAUCCCAUGUACUUCUUCCUCAAACACUUGUCCUUCUUAGACCUCUGUUAUAUCUUGGUUACCCUCCCCAAGGCCAUUGUGAGCAAUGUGACCCACAGUAGCUCCAUUUCUCUCUGGGGAUGCAUCCUUCAGGUCUUCCUGGUGGUUUUCUUGGCCUGCACUGAGAUGGCCUUGCUCACAGUGAUGUCCUAUGACAGAUAUGUGGCCAUCUGCCGCCCUCUGCAUUAUGAGGUCAUUAUGAAGAGGGGUGCCUGCAUCAACAUGGUCACUUAUUCUUGGUUCAGUGGUGGAGCGUCUGGAAUCCUGCACACAGCCACAACCUUCUCUCUGCCCCUCCAGGCAUCCAGGCUGGUGCAUCAGUUCUUCUGUGAGAUCCCUCAGUUACUCAAACUCUCUUGCUCAGAUGAGUACUUGGCUGAAGUCGGAGCAGUCGCUGUCACCUCCUCAUUGAGUUUUAUCUGCUUUAUCACCAUUGUUCUCUCAUAUAUCCACAUCUUCUCUACAGUGCUGAAGAUCCCAUCUCCUCUGGGUCAGUCCAAAGCCUUUUCCACCUGUGUUCCUCACCUUGUUGUUGUGACUCUUUUUCUUGGUGCUGCUGCAAUGGCCUACUUGAAGCCAGCUGAAGAUGUUCCCUCUGUUUCUGACCUUCUGGUGUCUGUGUUAUAUACAGUAGUUCCCCCAACCCUCAACCCUAUUAUCUACAGCCUAAGGAACAAGGACAUGAAAGCUGCUGUGCUGAAAUAUUUAAAGAUCAUAUAUUUUGGUCUUACCACUUGCUGAAUUUGUCAAAACCUAAAGAAGGUGACUGGAAUUCUUUCCAUCAUUCCACUUUAAUUUCUAUAUAUCAUAUUCUAUGAAUCUCUUUGUUUAUUUUCUUAACAUUCUAGUUUCUUCCAUAAUUCUCCUUGUUUGUCUUCCAGUUGCCUCAAUUUUAUUCAAUUCAGUUUUCUCUUGAAUUUUGUUUCAUUCAACUUUCUAAUUUUUUAAAUUCAUAUCUUCCCACCUAACAUAAAAUAGAAAACAUACAUAAGUAAUUUUUCAAAAUUAGAAAAAAAAAGUUAUGC